CAACCGUGUAGACGCAGCAGCAAGCGAUCAGGAUCUCUUGUUGUUGCGAGGAGCGAGGGUGACGACAGCUGGUGCUGGAAGUGGUCGCGGUUCUUCAGAAGAUCUACCUGUUCUUGAUCAUUCAACAUCGUCAUCUACUGGUCCUUGGCAUUCCGUGGCCUUGUACCUGUUGACCCUCUUCGUCUACGAUGGUUGUGCGAGCUUUGCGGUGAUUGCCAGAAAUAUAGUGGCAAACGACAUUUCCCGGUCAGAACCAGAACGUUUGAGUCUACAACGAUGGAACGGAAUUUUCGGAGUUGGGGAGUUCGUUUUCGUUUCGACAGGCUUGUUCCUGUACAACAUGUACGAGAGCACCUCCGAUUCGAGAGAUUCUUCAUCUUCGGAAGUCGUGGAAGGAACUAGUAGUAGUGCGAACAAGGAUAGUAGUGCGAACAAGGAGCCAGAAGUUGUUUAAGGGUACUAGGCUUUUUAUUUUGGCCUUCUUCUUACAACGAACACCCGUUUGCUUUGACUCUCUGUCUCUUAGUAUAAGGGAGAGAUGAUGAUGAUGAUGAUGAAGCAGAGAAAGUAACGGGCAUGAGAAACACAACAUAAAGCCCCCUCCCUCUAAGUUGUUGCGGGAUGCUUUCAGGUAUACCUAGCUCUCCUCAUAGCCUUGUGCAUAUGGGUUACGAUACUGUUGGCGAACCGGUUGGAUUUCAGUGUCAUGAUUUUUCAAAGGACGACUUCCUAUGUUGAUGACUGUGCAGAAGACGUUGAUGGGGACGUCGAUGAAAAGGCGCAACUGGUAGAACAUUAUGGUCAGUCGAACCAGCAGCAUGAUCAUGGAAAUGAGGACAGUCAACAUCAACUCAGUAUGGAGAUGACGGACGUGAAUUUUGACGGCAGCGGAAACAGUUCAUCAACAUCUAGUCGGAAUCAUCUUCAAGGGGGAAAUCUUCUGUACUCGGACCACGAAGGACCGCCGCUGGCACCACAGCUCUACGGGAAUAGUGCUACCACAAGCUCAUCUACCUCGGCUGAUGAUCCACACCUUCUGGCGUCCUCCAAUACAAUAGAAGGUGAAGGAGAGGACGACAACCUCGAAGAUGUUAGAAGAGCGUCUGAAAAAGGCAUACUUCUAGUGGAUCUUCAUCAUAGUGGAUCUUUAUCUUCUUCCUCCAAGAAUAGAAGUACAACUAGUAGACCAAGCGCUGUCAUUGAGAUAGACGCAAGAGUAAUGGCACGACAGCCAAGACAUCAUGGAUCAGAAUAUAACGUAGGAUUAUCUUCAGAAAUAAGGAGCCUUGACGACCACGGUCAUCACGGAAUGAUUUCCAGCACUAGCACUACGUCAAUAACAUCACAGACAUCACCGACACGAAGGUCCAAGCCUUCAUCCUUUUCUUUAUCUCCAAUGUCAUCACCCUCUUCAUCAACAAGCCGUUCAUUCCAACAUCAACAGCAGCUUCUUCUUCCUUCUGCUUCUGUCUUUUUGAGAAGUCUGAAUCGAAAUUUCUGGAUAUUUGUAGCUGUUUUCGCCCUAGUAGAGAUGCAAGCGGUUUUUAGUGGGCAGUUUCUGGUGUUGGCUCUCCGAAGACUUCUCCCAUCACAUUAAGGCUACCGCUGAAGCAUCCUCAGCACCAUUGAUUCGUGGGCUCCUUUUCAUCAAGGUGGAACGAAUACAAAAAGGGGUGCACGGAUUGACUCAGGGAUGCCAGUACGCGGCACUACUUCAUCUAAUUACAAUACAAUUGGCUUGCUGUGCCUGUUUUCGGCUUCAUAGGGUCCGUGGCUGGCGGUUUGCGGUUUGUCUUCACAUGGGUGGCCAGUCGAGUCGGCGUGUAUCGGAUAGUGAGCUUGACGUUCGCUUUGAAGUUGAUCUGCAUUUUCUUGGGAUAUGCCUUUUACAACCUAUUCUUUGCAGCUGGCACAUCUUCCUCUUCCACGACCAUUUCUUCCACAGCCUCUACUCAGUCCUCCUCCUCCUCUUCCGACUACACAACAUUCCCCCCACCAGGGGAAGAAAGUAGCCCCCACAUCAUCUUCGUUCUCAUUCUUCCCCUAGUCGUUCUCCUCGUUCUCCACGAGGCCUGUGUCCUGCUCGAAAUGGGCUACUCGAACAUACUGCUGAACAACUUGAUCGACGAAUACGAGCAUGACCAUGAUUUACACGUCUCGCCACCAACGGGGUACUUCUUCUCCGCGUUCGCUGGCUUCGUGAAGCCGUUUAACAGUCUAGGACCGAUAUUGGGGAGCAAUUGGCUCGAAGGCAAUGUCAAUUCGCGAACUCUGGUGGUCUUAUUCGGUGGCGUGGCGUGUUUUCAGUUUCUCUGUUGGAAACGCUACACACUGGAAGGAGUGCGCUUGAGAACAAUACAUGACGAAUUGAAAUCUAAAGACAAGAACUACAAUUUUUACAAACAUCAUCAAGUAGGGGAUCAUCAUGUUGUACAUGAUGAUGUAGUACAUCAUCUUCAUGCAGCGAGGACAAGAACGUCUGAUACUACUUUACCAACAUCAUACAACGAUAUAGAGCAGGGUUCUGGUGGCGUACUUGAACGACAGGCGCUGGAAUGAGGUUAAAAGCACUUAUGUAUGAUGAAAAUACAACGAAUAUUAUUUGGCUUAUUCCAUAAUUCUGAAAGCGGAUAUGACCAUGUGAGGACGAGGUGGU